AUGGCUGGCAUUGCACCAGUGGGAUCCCAACUUGAUGCACGUGAAUGUGAUGCCAAAAUGACUGAGUUGCCUAAUGCUGAUGGAGAGGAUUUUUUAACUUCGAAUGAUGAGGUCUAUGACAGUUUUGAGUCCAUGGGUUUGCAGGAGAACCUUCUCAGGGGCAUUUAUGCUUAUGGUGUUGAAAAGCCAUCUCCUGUUCAACAAAGGGGACUUGUUCCCUUCUGCAAGGGACUAGAUGUCAUUCAGCAGGCACAAUCUGGAUCUGGAAAGACAGCAACUCUAUGCUUAGGAAUCCUCCAGCAGCUAGACUACAAUGCGGUUGACUGUCAGGCACUUGUUCUUGUCCCCAGCCCUGAGCUUGCCAGGAAAACUGAGAGGGUUAUGCAUUCUCUAGGUAACUAUCUUGGCGUGAAGGUUUGUGCUUGCGAGGGAUGUGACCGUGUUCCUGAGGAUCAGGGCAAUUUUUCCCAUGGGGUUCACGUUGUUGUUGGCACUCCUGACUGUGUAUUUGACAUGUUGAGGAGACAGUCACUCAGGCCUGAUUAUGUCAAAACGGUUGUGCUGAAUCAAGCUGAUGAAAUGAUUUCCAGAGGUUUCAAGAAUAAGAUUUAUGAUAUUUUCCAGCUUUUGGCACCCAAGAUUCAGGUUGGUGUAUUCUUAGCUACAAUGCCCCCUGAGGCCUUGGAAAUCACAAGGAAGUUAAUGAAUAAACCUGUAAGGAUUCUGGUGAAGCUUGGCGAGUUUACUCCUGAAAGGGAGGAAAUGAAGCUUGAAACACUGUCUGGUCAUUCCGAGACUGAUGAAGCAGCUAUAUGCUGGUUGGAUAAGCGUUGCCGUCUUUGGAAGCCUAAGAAUAUUAUUACAAAGGGGAAACUUGAAAGUUCUUUGUUUUUGUACACAUUGGGGAACCGAAAGGUGGACUGCAAAUUUGAUUUGUUCAAAUAUGGAUUAAAAAAGACAGCAAAAUUUGAUUUGUAUGAAGUGUUUAAGCAUACUUCUCAGUCGGUUGCAAGAAAGCUAGGACUCCAGCCAUCAGGGAUAAGUUCUGCUUUUGAUUUUUCACCUACAGUACAGACCCCCUUGCUAAAUGUGAUGGGUAUAAGUGUUCAGGCCUUCUGUUCACAGUGCUUAAUAUCAUCACACCUAAAAGGAGUAAUAGCUACUGUUAUGUUGCUUAGAAAUGUCAUCAUGAGUUAG